AUGGAAGAAGACCAAGGCCAAGCAGGUGGACUAUGCUGCCACAAUGAGCUGAUGACCUACCACACAGACUCAUCCGAUGGCCAUGAGGAAAAGUACCACAGCUUACCUGUACAUGGUUCAGGCCGGUGGUUCCUGGUGCUCUGGCGGAUACCGUCCCCCGGGCAAGUCUCUCUCUCUCUGUAUGAGGUGGUGACUGUCGUCGGUAAUGUGAGAGGGGCAGGCAUAGAUGCUAAUGUAUUUGUCACUCUUUGUGGAGACUUUGGCAUCACUCCCAAAGUGCACCUGUCCAGCAAGUGAGUUCAAUCGUAUUUCCCUAAUACAUAUGUAGAAUUAAGAUGGAUCAAAACACACAAUGUGGGGCCCUUGAAGAAGCUGAGGGUUGAACAUGACAACACAGGUGGCUUGAAUGCCAGCUGGUUCCUGUACUGGGUCGUGGUCACCGACAUGAACCGUCCGCACAUAAGGUUCUACUUCGCAUGCAACAACUGGCUGAGCCGAGAGGAGGGGGACAGCCUGUAUGUCAGAGAUCUGCUGGGCAGCCUCAACCCCAUGGAUGUCCCCAAAUCGAGUGUGUUCACCUCUGCCGAGAAGGGCAGUGGGUCAGAUGGGGACGUCUUCCUGAAUAUCUUUGGAGAUCAUGGUAACACAGGGGAGAGGUGGCUGGCCAGUGACAAAGAUAACUUUGAGCGAGGCACAGAGGACAAGUUUACUAUUGAAGCACCAAACAUGGGAAGGCUGAAGAAAAUCACCAUUGGCCACAACAACAGGGGCUCAUCAGCUGGAUGCUGUGUAGAUAAGGUGGUGAUUGAUGACAUGGAGAAUAAGGAGGUGUAUGAGUUUCCAGGGAAUCGCUGGUUUGCCAUGGAUGAAGAUUAUGGGAAUAUACAGAGGGACGUGUUGUUGGGAGCAACACAACCCAUAAUGGUGAUGGUGCUUAAUGCUGCUGUGAACCAUCACAAGUAUAUCUUUGUUGAUGAAAUGGGCUUCAACCUGGCCAAAACUCAGCGCCAAGGGCGGAACCUCAACGGCCAACGGGCGACCGUCCUAGUGCCUGGACAACGUGGGGGAAAAAUCUCCAUGUGCUCAGCUAUCUCCGAAGAUGGUGUGGUAGGACUGAUAAACUACGAGAUCACGGCGGUCACGGGGAACAUGCGCAAUGGUGGCACCAACGCCAAUGUGUUCUGCCAGAUCUAUGGAGAGGAGGGCAAGACUGAGCUCAUCUGCCUCAAGAGCCGCUCCAACAACCUUGAGCGCGGGACCACAGAGAUAUUUAAAAUCGAGGCACUGAACGUGGGCAAAUUAUUCAAGAUCUGCAUCGGGUACGACAGUUCUGGUAUGGGCGAUGGGUGGUUCCUUGAGACGGUGGACUCGCCAUGCGCUGGCUGGCCCGCGACGAGGAGGACGGGAAGAUCAUGGUGGAGCUCCUCCCAGAGGACCUUGGAGACCUGGAGGGCUUAUGUGUACGUCAACAUCUACGGAGAGAUGGGCGACAAGGGCGAGCGGAGACUCAGGAAGUCAAUCAACCUGAACACAUUUGAGAAAGGGCAGGAGGGCGUGUUCUCCAUCCUGGCCAUCGAUCUGGGUGUUCUGAAGAAGCUGAGGAUUCGCCAUGACAACAGCCAGCCUCAUGCCGCCUGGUUCCUGGACUGGGUGGAGAUAGUAGACAACAAAGACCAUGAUGACGGACAGAUCACCAGGGAGCUGGUCUCUGUGGACGAGGCCUUUAUGAAGAAGGGUGAUGAUGAGGAGGUGGAAUACUCCAGUGCAACACUCGGCCUGGAGCAGAAGGCCAUGUGCACCACCUUCACAAUGAGGGUAAAGACUGGAGACAAGAAGAAUGCGGACACCGAUGCCAACGUGUUUGCCACCCUGUACGGCACGAAAGAUGACACAGGUAACCAUGAUAUAAGAUAUUUAGAUAAUAUACACAUUUACACACACAGUCCUUGUGAUAUGAUGUGUUAUGCCUGUGCAGCGGCCACAGCAGGCUGGUUCCUUGACUGGGUAGAGGUUGACGCCCCGUUCCUGGGCCAGAGGCUAAGGUUCCCCUGUGGUCGCUGGCUGUACAAGGGAGAGGACGAAGACGACGGGGCCAUCGUCAGGGACCUGUCCCCUGCAGACCUCCAGACUGAUCUCGACACACCAUUUGUGCCGUACGAGAUUGAGACCUUCGCCAGUGACCUGUUUGCAGUGGGUACAGACGCAGACGUGUUCACCGUGCUGUACGGUCGAGACGGGGGUGUGCACCCAGCAGAGGUCUCUUUGUUCAACAAGAGGGAGAGGACCAUGUCGUUUGAGAAGGGAGCUGAGGACAUGUUCAUCGUUGAGUUGGAGGACGUGGGGGAUGUCAUAGAGAAGAUCUGCAUUGGUCAUGAUAACAGAGGGAUGAACGGGUCGGAGACUAUCAUCUUCUCAUGUGAGCACUGGCUGGCCAAGUCAGAGGAUGACGGAGAGACAGUGAGAGCGUUAGUACCCUCUGACAUCAUAAUGGAGAAACAACUACGAGACGGAACUCUGAAAGUCAACGAGAUUGAGGUGGAAGAUGCACUGGAGAGUGACGUUUACAACAGGGGCACGGAUGCCAACGUUUUCCUCACCAUCUACAGAGACCUGGGCGACACGUGUGAACACAAACUCAGCAAGUCUGAGACAAACAGCAACAAGUUUGAGAAGGGAGCGCUGGAUAAAUGUACCAUUGAGGCGGUGGACCUGGGCCAGGUGUUUAGAAUUAAGAUUCGCCAUGACAACAGCAUGGUGAGUGCUGAUUGGUACCUGGACCACAUGGAGGUGGUUGACGAGGAUCUGGAGGAGGUCUUAGUGUUCCUGUAUGAGCGCUGGUUGUCCAGGAAAUGAAAGGACUGACGCAUCGAGAGAAUUCAGUAUGGUUAUGAGGGGGAGAGGGAGACUUUCCAAGGCAGGAAGAAGAGCUCAGCCCUGAUCAGCCCUGAUCACGAAGAGUUCAUGCCAUACCACUUCACCAUCUCCACAGGGGCAGAGAAGGAUGCCAGUACCAGCAGCACGGUCUAUGUGGGGCCAAACCACACCCAGACAGAGGGGCUGUGGCUUGACCUGCGUGGGGGGAAGAAGUGCUUUGAUUCUGGGUCUCUGGAGUCCUUCGAGUCGCAUGGAGUUGACGUGGGAGAGAUUAGGAGGGUGGAGAUCAUCUAUGAGGUGACGGGAGAUGUUCUGAAUGCAGGUACAGACACCCAGAUCUACCGGUCUGUGUUUGGGGCUAACAGCACUACAGAGGGGAUACUUCUGCAGAACAAUGAGGACAGGUUUGAGCGUGGUCAGGAGGACACGUUCAGCCUGGAAGUCGAUGACAUUGCUCCCCUGAUGAAGAUGAGGGCUCGUAUCGACGGCUCUGGUAGCCAACCUGACUGGUUCCUGGAUAAGAUUAUCAUGCAUAACCUGACCACAGAGGAUGUGUCGGAGUUCACCUAUGAGGAAUGGCUGUCUAAAACCAAAGGGCCCAAGACGACCAUGAUAUGUGAGAUGGCUGCCGUGGUGGACGAGGAGGAGAUGGUGGAGAGAACCACCUACAUCAUCCAGGUCGAGACCAGUGACAUCGGAGGUCCUGCUCCAGGGUGGCACAUAGAAUUCAUUGAUGUAAAGGAUGAGGCCCUGGACAAGACAUUCCGUUUCCCAUGCGACCGCUGGUUGGUCAAGAAGGAGGACGACGGACAGAUCAUGAGGGAGUUGGUCUGCACCAACAACGACAUCUUAGACCUCAACGAGAAGACCAGUAAGAUCAGUUGCGGGAAGUUCUCCUCCAAACAGCUGGGUGACAUUACUGGCAUCUGCCUGAGCCACACCGCCAAGGAUGGGAAGGAGGUGAGAGGAGAGACAUUCUGGCAGAUGGAGGAGGUCGUCUUCAUAGAGAAAGAGCUAAACAACAGGUUCCUAAUAGUCUGCAACGCCCUGAUCCCCCUCUCCCCGAAGAGGGACGAGUUUGUGACCAUCGAGGACAUUGAGAGAUUCGCCAGCAAGGCCUGCAGCCUGGUGCCCAUCAAUAUCAUCAUCAAGGGCAACGAGAAGGGGGUGGGCACCGACGCCAACGUCUUCAUCACCAUCUACGGCUCCAACGGCGACUCGGGCUGCCGGUCGCUGCGGCAGAAGUUCCUCAACCUGUUUGAGAAUGGCCAGACGGGCCGCUUCCUGCUGGAAAUGCUGGACAUAGGCGAGUUCCUGAGGGUGCGUGUGAAACACGAUAACUCCCUCAGUCCCAGCUGGCUGCUGGACUGUGUGGAGGUCACCAACACGGCCAACGGCGUCAUCACCAUCUUCCUGUGUGGGAAGUGGCUGGAUACCAAGAAAGUGGACAGCCAGAUCUUCAGGGUCCUCUACCCAAAGUACUAA